UUGCUCUGCGAUAUUCCGAGAGAGACGUCCCCUGUUCUGGGAGUUAAGCCAGGUAACCCUCUCUCUUUGUCCCCAACUUAAAAUCGCUUCACAGCCAGCCUUCCCUCAGAGCCGAAUCUUAUAUGUAGAGAAAGAAGACAAGAUCUCAUGAUGUUUUAUUUAUUCAUUUCACUGCAUUUCUAGCUCUCCCACCUUUUCCUCCAAGGAUCUCAAGGUAGCAUAAGUGGAUUCCAGGCCCUCCCAGUGUCCCUAUUUUCCUGGGACAAUCCCAGGUUUACAGAAGCUGUCCUGGUUUCUGAUUUGAUCCAGGAAUGUCCCACUUUUCCUUAGGACAUGAUCCCUCUUUUCAUCAGAGAAAUGUUGGAGGGUGUGGAGUUCAGUAACUAGACAACCUUGAGAAGACAUCUGAAGACAGUCCUAUAUGGGGAAGGUUUUUUUUUUCAUAGAAUCAUAGAGUUGGAAGAGACCACAAGGGCCAUCGAGUCCAACCCCCUGCCAAGCAGGAAACACCAUCAGAGCACUCCUGACAUAUAGUUGUCAAGCCUCUGCUUAAAGACCUCCAAAGAAGGAGACUCCACCACACUCCUUGACAGCAAAUUCCACUGUCGAACAGCUCUUACUGUCAGGAAGUUCUUCCUAAUGUUUAGGUGGAAUCUUCUUUCUUGUAGUUUGGAUCCAUUGCUCCGUGUCCACUUCUCUGGAGCAGCAGAAAAUUAAUGCUUAAUGUUUUAUUAUGUUUUUAUAUAUGUUGGAAGCUGCCCAGAGUGACCGGGGCAACCCAAUCAGAUGGUUGGGGUAUAAAUAAUCAUCAUCAUUAUCAUCAUUAUCAUUAUAUUAUUAUUAUUACAGUGGUACCUCGGGUUACAGAUGCUUCAGGUUACAUACGCUUCAGGUUACAGACUCCGCUAACCCAGAAAUAGUACCUCGGGUUAAGAACUUUGCUUCAGGAUGAGAACAGAAAUCGCGCAGCAGCAGUGGGAGGCCCCAUUAGCUAAAGUGGUACCUCAGGUUAAGAAGAGUUUCAGGUUAAGAACGGACCUCUGGAACGAAUUAAGUUCAUAACCAGAGGUACCACUGUAUUAUUAUUACUAUUACUAUUAAUAAUAAUAAUAAUAAUAAUAAUAAUAAUAAUUCAUCUUAAAUACAUCAUAUCCCAGAAAGAUUUCAGGCAGUCACGAUGGCCAGUAAUUAUUGUAGUCCUGUUUAUUCCAUGGACACCCAAGUUCCUGCCAUUCUGCAAAAUUCACACACUCUACAAACACAGUUGUAAAGGCACUCGGCUGCCAAUUUCCCCUUCCCAAAUAGGACACCUUUGUAGUAGAGAAACAGUGGGUGUUUUGUGUGUGCUACAGCACUGCAGAAACACAGAGAAACUAGAAGAUCUACAGACCUCUGCUUCCUAAGAAUUGUAGCUGAUCCUCAUUUGAAGAACAAAAACAUCUGUAUGCCUGCGGUUUAGAAAAGGAUCAGAGGUGGUGAUGAUGAUGAUGAUAACAACAAAAUAGGAUGUCCUUGGGAUGCGGGUGGCGCUGUGGUCUAAACCACAGAGCCUAGGGCUUGCCGAUCAGAAGGUUGGCAGUUCGAAUCCCCGCAACGGGAUGAGCUCCCGUUGCAUGGUCCCUGCUCCUAGCAGUUCGAAAGCACGAAGUGCAAGUUGAUACAGUGGUACCUCGGGUUACAGACACUUCAGGUUACAGACUCCGCUAACCCAGAAAUAGUACUUCUGGUUAAGAACUUUGCUUCAGGAUGAGAACACACACACACACACAGCCCCUCCGAGCCAAAGGCCCAAAGGCAGAAAGCCAAGCCAGCAGCCAAACGAAGCCUCAAGUGGUGGUUCCCACAGCACAUGAACCCGGCAAAGGGGAUGCAGCAAGGGAAACCACCGUCACCUCUCCACUGGGAAGCGCCGAGCAAAGGCGAGUCCCCAGGCAACGCAGCCGAUUUGAUCGGCACAAGGCAUGCAAGCUCCACCCUCCCAGUCGUUCUCAGACUCCUUAUUGGGCAGCUGAGCAACGCAGUUGAGGAGCUUCCCUGGCCGGCAGGGAGCCGGGAGGGAGAGGAGCUGCUUCCUUUGAAAUCCGGGAAAUUUACAGGAUAGCAACAAUCCGGGAUAGCAGCGGGAAACAGCGCUGGAAUAAGGGAGUUUCCCGCCAAAUAUGGGUAGGUUAACAGCUAUGCUCUCUUCUCUCUGGCUCCAGGACUUCCUCAAUGCUGAUUCUCAUCGGAACAGCCCUUUUCCUCCUGGUGUGUCCUGCCUUGCCCGACGACACGGUGGCCGACGACAUUGGCAGCCACAUGAUGGGCCGCAUCUCGGAGCUCCUGUCCCCUGAGGAAUGCCAGGCCUUCUACGCCAAGCUCAUUGGGCCCGAAGAGAACGUGAACGAAGAGCUCCAACGCCUCUCGGUGGAGAGGAACCCCAUUCGCAGGCGACGGGAAAUCGCCACCACCGAGGCCUGCAAAGCCACCCUCAACGGCUGGCUGGAGACGGAAGGAGACGCCAUGUAUUGGGACCGCCUGUCGAGGGCUCUCCAGGCCGUUGGGCGUCCCGACGUCUCCCUGGAGCUGGGCAAGAACCUCAACCAAGACAAGAGUCUGGAGAUCAAGAAGAACGUGGAGGGAUAUCACAAGACGGUCCAGCGCUUGACCUCUUCGCUGCUCCUGGAAGAGAACGAGAUGGGUGGGAGCGAGGGGGUAGGAGGCCGGCUGCGGAGAGAGGGAUCUCAGGCCCAGCUGGAAGAGGGGGAUUGGGACAAAUUGGAGCUGAUUAUAGAGAGGAGGCCCCUGCCGCCAUACAACAGGAGUAUCUUUCAGUGGGUCACUCCACUGGUGACAGGGGUCGUUGGGGGAUUCCUCACGUCCUUCGUCGUGGUGGCUCUAGCCGUCUAUUCUUUCUUCUGGAUCCUGAAGCAAGAAAGUCCCACCCCCACGACGCCCAACUGGGACUCUGUGCCCGAUAUGAUUUUCCGCUCCCCUUCGCCCAAGCGUGGGGCCAUCUACUACUCAUUUCAGCAAUUUGAUGAUCUGGGGAAGCGCGGUGGUGAGACGGAAGAUUACGGCGAUGACGGCGAUAACGAGGAAGACUGGGAGAAAGAUCCCACUGUUAGGUCUUAAGUAAAGCCAGCCUUAUUGCAACUUGUAUUAUGGAGAAUGUAGAUUAAAAAUAAAACAUGUUUGCUU